AUGGAAUCUCGACUUCGCAAACUUCUUUCCCCAAGAAGGCUGAGGGCCCAGCAGAACAAUGUCGGCCCUGAAUUGGAUUGGCACAAUGGGGCCUAUACGACGGCUCUACCCCUCGGGAAGUCUUCAAGUACAAAGCGCAAAGAUGACCCCAACCCCGAUCUUCUCUCGUUUCCUUACGAUUCCACUCUACCGGGAAAGUGCCCUCAUAUGGGCGACCGACCUCAGAGAGGAAAUGGCCCGGUCACACUCCAGACAAGCCGGCGUUUGAGUUCGGGCGAGCUCUUGGUCACUCAGCAAGACUAUGAUCGCACCUUGGAGGAUAUUCGUCAUGGCGAAUUCAUUGUCGGCGGGAAAGAGAGAAGGGCCCUUCAGGCUCCAUCCCGAUCAAAGUCGCCGACCAACCCUCCAGACUUGAAAUUCCUCUCUAGUGCCCCCAAUUCUCCGGGAAUUCCUUCGACAUUGGCCAGUCCGCUUGGGUCGCCUCGAUCGGUCAUGAGUGAUACACCUGUCCCCGGUUUAUUCGCUUUUCCCGCUUCAAUUUCGGACAGUGUCAUGCCUCUACCGCGCGUAUCCUCCUCUGCUGCCUCUGGGCAUGCUGACGAUGGGCCCAAUUCCCACAUCAACGAGCUUGGAAUUUCCAGCCCUCCGCCAUUCUCCAUGCGCCAAGUGGCCUCCACAACUUCUCUCCUCGAACCUCACGAAGAACGCAAUCCCACCAUUCAAGCCUUGUGGAAAGCCGAAUAUAGUCGCCUUGUCUCUAUAUACGGACAAGCCGGCGUGGACCGCAACAUCCUAGAGAUCAAUCGAGAUCAAUUGAACACGUCCACAUCUGGUGUCGCCCAUCUCGCAGAAAAACGAGAUACAGCCCGUUCCUCUUCCGCUCUCCCAUGGCAACAGACACUUCAUCCUCCAGCCGAACCUUUUCGGCGCGGAUGGGGACUGAAGAAUAAUAUGUCGACCUCCAAUCUCGAGCUCGGGUACCGUGACGAUCACUCCGAAGAAUCUUCCAACCGGAGAUUAUCCCUUCUUUCAUCGAGUGGCGCAUCCUCAUCCUUCACGACGCGGACCAGUGUUGCUGAAGAGUCGGUGACCAGCAGAGAUGAUCUGCGCAAAAUCGUGGACGAUAUGCGAAUGACAUAUCUGCAUGCCAUCGAAGCUCACACUCCUCCUCUUCAACCGAUUUCUGACGCUCCGUCGAAGAAAUCGACGUCCAAAACGCAGACCCGAUCUCUUGUUACAUCGGCAUCGGUGGAAAGCAGCUUGCGAUCGGCCAGUCGUCAGUCAGGGUCCAACACGAAGUCAUGGGCAUCUUCCACGACUCAUGUGACGACGCCGAGAACCUCGACCUCUUCCCCUUCUUUCAAGUCACUUAGCAAACGCACGAGCUCAUCGACUAGUCGACGGACUUCCGGCCAGCCGGUAGCAGGAAUUGCGACCCUGCCGGCAAUACGGGCCAGUCCAACCAGAUCGAACCGCCGUGGACCAAAGAAGGACGAUGAUGAUGUUGGUUUGAAACGAGCAGACUCGACGACUCUGGGUUCCAUGGCCAGAAAGCUGACGAUUCUCGAUAAUCGAAAUCUGAACUCGCCCUCACAACCACCCACGUCGUCUCCAGCAGACGAGCGUAGCUCACCGAAGUCGAACCCUGAAUCUGAAUCUGGUCAACGCUCUCUGUCCUCAACCAGCAAUCCGUCACCGUCUCGACUGCCCUCGGUCCAGCAAACUCCAGAAAAUCACAAGCCCGUGUCCGAUGAUGAGUCGCCAAUUGAAGGCCCUUCGUGGCAUUCGGAGGCUGAUCGUCUCUUUUCUGAUGCAGAACUCGAUCUCGCUCUCGACAUCAACGACUUCGAAACCUUGUGCGAUGACCUGUUCAACGCUCCUGCCGUGGGGAAAGGAGAAUUCGGAGCAUUUCAAACAUGA